AUGACCAGCCAAGGCCCCCUAACCGGCUGGCUCCUCUCGGCCACCCCUCAAGCCCUCAAACGCGCAACAACGCACCCCUUCCUCGCCGCCGCGGGCAGCGGUACCCUCUCCAAAGAAACACUCUCCCAAUGGCUCUCCCAAGACCGACUCUACGCGCAAUCCUACAUCCGCUUCAUCGGGAUGCUUCUCGCAAAAUUACGCAUCCCAGCACACGCCCCGAGCCGCGAUACCCCGCGUAACCCAACAAUCGAACAAAAGGUCAUAGACGUCCUCAUCGACGCCCUAGUCAACAUCCGCACCGAACUCGCCUUCUUCGAAUCCACCGCCAUCGAAUACGGUCUCGACCUCACCGCAAUUUCCCCCGACGAAUACGGCCCCGGUUUCGCCCAGGAAGGUCUUCUGGCGACCUCGUCGGGGAUAUCGACGACCGGCUCGGGUUCUUGUCCGGGCUCUACGGGGGCGAAUUGCGAUGCGACGGGUCCGUCCGGCUCUGGCUCUAGCUCUGGCUCUGGCUCGGGAGCCGAGGCCCGCGCGAGUGAUGAGCAUUCGACGAAUCCCAGAGACAAUCUACACAGUCUUUGCCAAUCGCAGGGUGAAUGUCAGAUGCAGGCUGGUGGUGAAGUGUGCAAUCCGUCCACGACGCACGAGGCCCGGAAUUCCGCUGCGAGAACCCCCGAUUGCGAGCCGUGUCAGCCAUCGCGGUCAGCUAGUGCCGCGCCGGUCGAGCAGGGGCCCGUGUAUUUUGCGGCGAAUCGGAUUACCCGUGCGUACAUCGAUAUGUUCAUGUCGGCGGGGAGUCCUGGGGUGAGUGCGGAGGAGGGGAUUGCGGUGCUGUGGGCGACGGAAGUGUGUUAUUUGCGGGCGUGGAGGUAUGCGGCUUCUUAUGGGAAGAGGAAGGCGCAAGAGGGGAAGAGGGAUGUUGAUGCUGAUGGGGGUGCGUUGAGGGAGAAGUUUAUUCCGAAUUGGUCCAGUGGGGAGUUUGAAGGGUUUGUGAAUCGUAUUGGGGACGUUUUGGAUUUGAUGGUGGGGAAGAUUAAGGGGGUGGAGGAGACGGAGAUGAUGCGGGCAAAAUGUCUGGAGUGGUGGAAGCAGGUGGUUUGGUUGGAGGAGAGGUUUUGGCCGGCGAUGGAUUGA